UGACAAUCUCCUCCUCAAGUCCACAGGCUGCUUUGCUCAACGCACCGUCUCGCAGUUCGAUACCAAGCAAUAGCUACAACAAAAAUCCUCGCCCAUACGCCAGAUACCAUCGAGUCUCGUCGCGACAAAAAUCAUGAAGGCCUCCGUCGUUUCCAUGGCGCUUCUCGGCGGUCUCGCCGUCGCCCUCCCGCAAAGGGACCCCAAGCAGCGCUUCCAAGAUAUGCUCCAGAAAUUCGACAGGCGCCAACAGCUCAACUGCAGGCGAGAGGGAAAUACGUCGCGGCUGACAUGCGACUUGGUCGCCCUGGAUCAGAUGACGGACGAAUGGGUUCAGAUGAUGAACGAGUCGGGGAAAUCACUUCGUUCAUUCUGCCAAGAUGAUCUCCAGGGCUGUGAGAAUUGCGACUUUGACGACUCGUUCAAAGGAUCGGGUGGUCGGCUAAACAAAAGGAUUUUGAACGCCCAGCAAACCCUCAGGUGUAAACUCAAGGGCGAGCCGGGCCCAGCCGACAGCAACGCGGUCAACAGCCCCUCGGACGACAGCAAAGCGGACAGCAGCCCCCCGGCCGACUGUAUGAGCGAGGCGAAUCCAGGGGCUUGCAUGACGAGGGAGAAGGAUGCCUUCUGCAAGACCAUGAAGGAGACAGCUUUGAAUGAAUGUUACGCAGCGGUCACUCGUUGCCACUGGCAGGAAGAGCUCAAGGGCGCCCCCUUCUCCAAGGUCUUGGCCUGCGCAAGAGAGCAACUUUAACCCAAUGAGCGGUUCACAAUUCCCAGUGGCUCGUCCAUCUGGUUGAGGGACGACGCGGCUGUCAGGGCAUCUGCUCAAGGUCAAGGCCGUUUGACUGCCAUGCGGGUGGAUGGAGGGGGCUGAACUCGACUGGGAAGCCGAUCGUCGAGUUGGGUCUUUGCCAGAGGGGUUUAUGCAGCGUAUAACAAGUGAAAAGGGGGCCACAUGAGCUGGCUUCUUAUACGCCUCUGGGACAGUGGACGGUUACCAAUACCUAUUAGAAGACAAACUCGACAUCCAAUGUUGAGCUACCUACGAAAUACCUGUUUGCUUCAAAGCCUCGUGAUAUGACGAGAGAAAAA